AUUUUCAGACGCAGACGGGAGGUGGCCUUCGACUGACGUGUGUGUUUCUGUGAAUGAUGAAUUUUUGUGAACGAUGAAGAAGUAGUUAGAAUUUCUCUUCAUCAACUAAAGAUUGUUCAGUGGCAUUCUGUUUUCCAUCCUACUUUUCGUAUUAAAUGCUCGAAACCAAGUGUCAAGCAGAUUUCGGGACCAAAUUCUAUCAGGCUCAUAUUACCAAAUCGUUCGUCAAUGGUUUGUUAUAACACUGUAUUUUGAGAAACAACGAUAUAUUUUUACAUGUUUUGUCACAAUGCCUCAUUCUGCCAUGUUAAAAUCUGGACCCGGACUUUAUGAAUUUCUGAUAGAAGCAGAGCUACAGCAAUAUUAUAGUACUAUAAAAAAUGAUUUGAAGGUCAAUAAUGUGCAUCAACUAAAAUAUGCUACCGAUGAGGAUUUUUUGCAAGUUGGUCUGUCAAGACCAGAAGUUCGGAGACUCAGGAAGAUAUUUCACAAGCACUGCCCACAAAAUUACCUGUACAAAUUCAAAAAUAUUAUCAAGGCCAAGAAAGAAGAUGGGGCUUCAAUGGCUAUCCUCUUACCAGAUGAUGGAAGUAAAGACAGAUCGUACCAGCUGAAGGUACCCAGCAAACACAUAAUUCCUGCAGAGGCAAUUAUUGUUAAUAAAGAACUGGGUGUUGGAGAGUUUGGAAUUGUUCAGCAAGGAGUGUGGACCAAUGAAGAUGGGGAUAGAAUUCAAGUUGCGAUCAAAUGCCUUAGCAAAGAACGAAUGCAAAAUAAUCCUAUGGAGUUCCUUAAAGAAGCAGCUAUAAUGCAUACUAUUGAUCAUGAACAUAUAGUUCGACUGUACGGAGUUGUUUUGGAUACAAAUUCCCUAAUGCUGGUAACAGAGUUGGCUCCACUACGUUCAUUGUUGGAGUGCCUAAAAGAACCAGCCCUCAGACCAAGUUUUCCUGUGCCUUCUUUGUGCGAUUUUUCUAUUCAAAUAUGUGAUGGAAUGCAGUAUUUGGAAUCAAAGAGACUUAUUCAUAGGGACCUAGCUGCCAGAAAUAUUCUUGUGUUUACCAAGAAUAAGAUUAAAAUUUCUGACUUUGGUCUCUCGCGGGCCCUUGGUGUAGGGAAAGACUAUUAUCAGACCAAUUUCAACGUUAAUCUGAAGUUGCCUAUUGCUUGGUGUGCUCCGGAAUGCAUAAACUAUUUGAAGUUUACUUCAGCGUCAGACGUGUGGGCAUUUGGUGUUACUCUGUGGGAAAUGUUCAGCUAUGGCUUCCAGCCUUGGGCCGCUCUCACUGGUCAGCAAAUUCUCGAAGCCAUCGACGAACCAAACUAUCAACGAUUGGAACCUCCUGAAUCGUGUCCAAAGGAUUAUUACAGCAUCAUGCUCAAAUGUUGGCAGCAUGAACCCCAUAAUCGACCCAGGUUCAUUGAUCUUAUGAGCCUCCUUCCCGAUUGCAAACCAGAACAAGUCCAAGCCAUCCAAGAUAGCCUAGAGGAUGUCUCGAAACCACGACGGGACCAACUACAAUUCCGAAUCGGGGACGUUUUGACGGUGCUUGAUAAAAAGCCUAUGCCAGAAGUCGCCAAUUCUUGGAAGGGCGUCCUCAACAACGGGAAAACGGGUUUGUUCAACCCUGCCCAUACGGUUUCGUACUUGGGCAACAUUUUGCCUUCAAUCAAACCCCAAUUUUCAAGAGGAGGUACUUACAAUGGAAAGAAUGCUUAUUCAUCCAAACGAAGACUAAGGACCGACAUGAUCAGUUCCCCACAAGGCGAUCUGAAGCACACGGGUCACGUAGGAUUAGACGGAGCAUAUUUUGGUGACGUCGCUUUCCUUGGGGAUAAAUAUCACCAGUUACCGAAGCAAGUAGUUAGUCCCUACAAACCUCAAGAUGAUAUCCAAAAUAUGUCUAGCAAUGGGAACAACCAUGGGGGAACAGAUGUGCCGUUAACGCCAUCACCUGGCCCUGCGUCACCAAUGUGUGGCCCUCCGUCAGCCUUUUCUAUAAACAGUGCGUCAUCAGAUCUGUCUGAUAGAGCGCCAUUGCUUGCAAGGUUUGGUGAUCGCGGAAGAGCAGGACCGGCAGCGGAUCACAAUUGGUCCGAUACUGCCAGUGAAAAAGACGGUAAUUCGGCACCUCCUACGCCUGGCUUCCUUGCUGUGGCUAACCAGAAAGCCUUGCAGGGCAUUAAUCAGGUCCCGGUUGACGCUUUUCCUGGACCACACGAAUACCACGAGAUCAGUGAUGAAGAAGUAACUGAUAGCCCGGGCUUCGACCUCGGUCCCAGUCUGAUGGACGAAGUUUUGCGUGCGCUAGGUGGUGGUAGCGCUUCGCACAUGACCCACUCACCUUACACAGACAGACAUUUUGAUUGGAAAGAAGAUCAAAGUAGUUUACCGGGUAGUCAACCGGAGAGUAAACGUGGGACACUUAGAGAUACGUUGCGCAAAAAACAAGCCCACGUCAAACCCAUUUCAGCCUCCGAUCAGAGGACCCUUGAUCAAGCCAUUGCCAUGGCUAACGAGCUUGCUACACGUUCCAUGCUGGAGUUGGAUGCAAAAUCUAGCAGCGCUUAUGAUGCUGUAGAUCACUCUGUCUCAGGGCACAUGGCAACUAUGUCUUUGGAUUCGCCCCGCACGCCUUCUUCGCCAAGCAAGCGCAAGUUUUCCUUCAAAUUUAGCGGGAAAACUAGCCCAAAACAUGAGCGUCGCAAUUUCGCUCAGGAAGCUGCAUCUAUCGCUGAUCUUCAGUCGAUUUUAACUGAAGAAUCCAAAUCGGCAUACAAUAUCCUGAUUGAAAAACCGGUUGCGGAUAGCCCUGUCAUCAGCCAACAUCUCCCUGCGGCUCCUACCCCUCCUAGCGAGCCGGAAGAUUCUAAUCCACUUCGAAUGUUACGUUCCGGUGGGUUGACGGUUGUAAGACCUAAAAUACGAGGAAACAAACAUCACUCGCAAUCAUCACGAGAUAGUCGUGAGUUAAAGGAUACAAUGGAAAGUAUCGCGUUUGCAAGCCUCGCCCGGGUUGACCGUGGAAAAUUAGGACCGCCUCCAGUUUCUCCAAAACCUCGUCUCAACAAACCGGCGCCUUUGGUAAUUGAAAAUUCCAAUUUCAACAAUUUCAACCAUUACCGUCCUCCCGGAUAUGAAGAAUCUAUGGCGCAGCCAAGUAACUCUUGGCUACGCGAACAAGCGAGCGUGAAAGAAGAAGAGGGAGAAGAUGGGGAUAAUAAUCCUUUACCUUUGCCUCCGCGUGAUCGCACUCGUCCGACAGUCCCCACUAAGCCGAGACAUCAACGAAAACAUCCCCUUAUUUAUCCAACGAAUUUACCCAAUCCUAACCGAUGGGGCGUGAGUAGUGAAGGGAAUUCUAAUCCGGAUUCGCCAUUAUCCCCUCCGUUGACGGGUAACAUGAGCCUACCAACGACAGAAGUAAACUUAUCUUCAUUGCCGCCUGCCAAACCUCCUAGAGCUGCGUGCAACCUAGAUGACAGUUACGAUAGUCAGAUUGCCUCAGAAUUGGAGGCACUUGAUGAUAUGGAAGAAGAGACGAACCAAUCAGUUACGUCAUCGUCGUCCUUGUAUCAAAGCAAGGAUCAUGUUUCAUGUGAAGACUUGUUGGAUUUUGCGUGCGACCGACCUAAUUCUAAACGAACUCGUGGCCCUGCCCAAGGAACAGAUUCCGAUGAGGUUCGAAUUAUGCAAAAGGUUUUGGGAAAAGAGAAAACCUCGCCUGAUGAAUGCCUUUCAGCAUUGGAUGAAACCGAGUGGGAUGUCCACAAAGCUAUUAAAUUGAUAAAAUUGUGUUCCUUACUGUCGAUGACACAUCCGCAUUUGACAAGUCAUAGCCGGCUUCUCAAAGAAUCUCUCAAUCAUAAUUGCUGGGAUGUUGCACGGGCUGCUGCACAUCUAAUUUCACAGGCAGCCAACAGAGAAGAUUGCACUCGUGUUUAAGCACAUAUACAGCAGCUAGCCAGCACCUAAUGCAGCUCUCAUAUUCCUACAAUAUCUCAAUAUUAACUUUUUGUUUAAUUGGAAAAUGGCCAAACAUAAUUCUUGUACAUACAUCUGUAGAAAUGUGUUUGGUGAGUUACCAGUACGCAACCCCUAAUGUACUCAUUCGAGUGCCUUCAAUCUUUAGUCGGUAAUGGUUUCCUUCGUAUUUCACAGUAUACAAUUUAUACAUCGCUCGCUUGGCCUAAUAACUAAGAUUGAAUCUCUGUAUUUCCUGCUUUUGCUUGGCUUUUCUAGUCUUUUCUCACGUAUCAUAUGAACAGAGUUCUCUCAAAAUCUUUUCUAGAGCCUCUCAUUGGGAUAGAAAAUUCCUUCCCAUGAUUGAUAUUAAGUUCAGUGCAUUUUCAUGAUCUGAAAUAUUAAUUAAUCCUUCGUUGCAGAUAAGUAGAGGUAGACGAUUGCCAAUACACACGUUACUAUGA